UGCGUUUUUCUCUCUAUCUCUCUUUCUUUUUCUUUUUUUUUGGUUCCAUUAGAGAUCAUUCAUAAAGCCGAUCAUUCAUCAAGCCACCUUGAUUGUGACUGUCCUAAAUCGAUUCUUGCAUCAACUAUCUUGAAGGGAAAGAAAAAUGAAUGGUGAGGCACGGUCAAGGGUAGUACUGGACCAAGAAGCUGGCUCAACUCCAUCUACUUUGAGAGAUGAAGAUCAUCCAUCGAGACAAAGGCUGUUCCGAUGUCUCCCUUAUGAUAUAGAUCUCAAUCCCCUACGCAUUGUAAUAGCGGAAUUGGUGGGGACAUUCAUUCUAAUGUUCAGUGUGUGUGGGGUCAUAAGCAGUACCCAAUUAUCUGGUGGCCACGUUGGAUUGCUAGAGUACGCCGCCACAGCUGGAUUAUCGGUGGUGGUCGUAGUUUACUCCAUCGGACACAUCUCCGGCGCCCAUCUUAACCCUUCAAUCACCAUUGCGUUCGCCGUCUUUGGUGGCUUUCCGUGGUCUCAGGUUCCGUUAUAUAUAACGGCGCAAACAUUGGGGGCAACUGCAGCAACAUUAGUUGGGGUGUCAGUCUACGGAGUAAACGCUGACCUUAUGGCAACAAAACCUGCGUUAAGCUGGGUUUCUGCAUUUUUCGUUGAACUCAUAGCUACGAGCAUUGUCGUAUUCCUCGCCUCUGCUUUGCAUUGUGGUCCUCAUCAAAAUUUGGGUAAUUUGACGGGGUUCGUGAUUGGAACAGUCAUUUCCCUUGGAGUGCUUAUUACCGGACCUAUUUCAGGAGGAUCGAUGAACCCUGCUCGAUCACUAGGUCCGGCGGUGGUGGCAUGGGAUUUUGAGGACUUAUGGAUUUACAUGACGGCUCCGGUGAUUGGAGCCAUCAUCGGUGUUUUGACAUACAGAUCAAUUAGCCUCAAAACCAGGCCGUGCCCUUCUCCACUUCCCCCUCCCGUUUCUUCACUUCUACGUUAAUCACCUCAAAAUCUAGUUAACCUACAAAAUAAACACUUUUUACUCUACGUUUGUUGUAGCCCAUUGGGCCGAGACUACUUUAAAAUUCUAUGUCACAUGGACUUAUUUUAUAAGG